AUGUCAUUCCGAAAAGUGGUCAGACAGAGCAAGUUCCGGCACGUCUUCGGGCAGCCGGUGAAGAAUGACCAGUGCUACGAGGACAUCCGGGUGUCCCGGGUCACCUGGGACAGCACCUUCUGCGCCGUCAACCCCAAAUUCCUGGCCAUCAUCGUGGAGGCCAGCGGCGGGGGGGCCUUCAUGGUGCUGCCCCUGAGCAAGACGGGGCGCAUCGACAAGUCGUACCCCACGGUCUGUGGGCACACGGGGCCCGUCCUAGACAUCGACUGGUGUCCGCACAACGACGAGGUCAUCGCCAGCGGCUCUGAAGACUGCACGGUCAUGGUCUGGCAGAUCCCCGAGAACGGCCUGGUGACGCCCCUGACGGAGCCCGUGGUGGUCCUCGAGGGUCACUCCAAGAGGGUGGGCAUCGUGACCUGGCACCCGACGGCCCGGAACGUCCUCCUCAGUGCAGGCUGCGACAACGUGGUGCUCAUCUGGAACGUGGGCACGGCCGAGGAGCUGUACCGCCUGGCCGACCAGCACCCUGACCUCAUCUACAACGUCUGCUGGAACCGCAACGGGAGCCUCUUCUGCUCCGCCUGCAAGGACAAGAGCGUGCGCAUCAUCGACCCCCGCCGCGGCACCCUCGUGGCG